CCCAAGCAUGUGCAAUUCAAUUUGACCGUAAGCAGUACAUCAAUUCCAUCGCACUAUGUCUCUUUCGGUCUCCCUUUGGUCCGACUCUGCAAUGGUACCUCUACCAGUCUGCAUCUGGUCAUGAUGUCAAUCCUCCGAUCCUCGGUUAUUCCACAUGCGCGACGACAAUCAGCAGCUGAAGCACAGAGACAAAGGUGCCAUUGAGUCCGAUACAUAGACCUACCGCCAUCCUCUCCGCAGCAUAAUCUUCAACACUCCAGUGAAACCACCCUUUGCAGCCUCCUCUCUCACGCUGAACUCUCCCCCAUGAUCCUCUGUCGCCUCUUCCAUUCCCCCGGCUUCACCCCGCAUCAGCUACUCGUGCGCCUCCAUCGUCAACCCUCACUCGCACUCCCCAAAAAGAGACACCAACACCUCAACACCAUGGCGACUACUCUCGAGGAAAAGCUACGCAUCCUGCACAACUACUCCGCCUGCGACGUCUCUGAUGCACUCCUCAAACUCCAGACUCCAGCGCAGGGCACACCAGCCCGCGCCGGCUAUCUCGCCGACCUAACAAACCCCCUCCCACCCCCCAACACCACCGCACCCAAGAAAAUCAUUGCCCCAGCCUCAACCAUAAAAUUCACCUCCAAGCACGAACCCCCCACCACCCAGGACGACCCAGCCCACACCUUCCCACCAAAUACACACUGGGUCGACAACGUCGAGAGUGACACAAUCGUCGUCGUCGACCAACCCGCGGACCAACACUGCGCAGUGGUAGGCGGGAUCAUGGCGCAGCGAAUGAAGAGGCUGGGCGUGCGCGGCGCAGUGGUGAACGGCCGGGUGCGUGAUCUCGCCGAGUUCGCGGACUGUGAGCUGCCCGUUUGGGCGCGUGGCACGUCCACUGUGGGCAGUGGUGCCGAGGCGAAGGCUGUGGCGAGGAAUGUGCCGGUUGAUGUUGGGGGGGUGGUGGUUUCUCCGGGAGAUAUCAUUGUUUGCGAUCCGGUGGAAGGCGUGGUGGCUAUUCCGCGGGAUCUGCUUGAUGCGGUGCUUGAGACGAUGCCGAAGUUGGUGGCGAUGGAUGAUCGCGUUAAGGAGGCCGUGUCGCGGGGGAUGUCUGUGUUCGAGGCGUUUAAGCAGUUUCGGACAAAGAUUUAG